AUGCCUAGGACAACACCGUCACGAGGCAAGAAGCCCGUGCAUGUGGACGAAGAGAAGCUUAAGCACAUCCCAUACACCAAAGCGCGGGCCACGGCGCUCUUGGAUGACAUCUGCGCCACCAAAGAAGACGGCCGUGAUAUCAUCGAUGUCUUCUACAAGCUACCGACAAAGAAGGAGUUGCCCGUGUACUACGAUGUCAUCUCCAAGCCAGUGGACAUGGCCAUGCUUCAGCAGCGUGUCAAGAAGGGUUGGUACACCAGCUUCAGUGAUGUCUACGCACACCUCAAGCUCAUGGUCCAGAAUGCUUUUGAAUUCAACGACCCAGCGUCAGAGGUGUACGCGGACGCUGUUAUCCUGCAGCGGGCCAUUGCGGCGGCUGUGUCUGCGUUGAUCAAGGAGGGCGGGUCGCCAACAACCGCCGACAAAAAGCACCUCCCCGUGCCCGCAAACCCAAAGCCAACACCCACGCGCACAAGCUCGCGCCAACGCAAGCCGAAGCGCCUUGGCGCCGACGAAGUGUCGAGUCCAGGCAAGGCCCGCGCAGAGGCUGCUGCCCACAGCGCCGCACCCACGCCAUCAUCAGCUGAGCCAUCGUCAUCGUCAUCAUCAUCAUCAUCAGCAGCAGCAACAGCAGCAGCGGCAUUGAAGUCUGGCUCCGGCAGCACACGCGCCUCCAAGUCAUCAACAUCGUCGGCGUCAGCAGCUCAACCGUCGUCCCUUGCCAGCGAAUUCGAAUCUGUCAUCAAGACUGUGACGUUGGCGCGAAAGGGCAACAGACGCCUUGCAGACAUGUUCUUUGAGCUCCCAACAAAGAAGGACCUGCCGGAAUAUUACGAAGUAAUCUCCAAACCAAUGGACAUCAACACAAUCCAGGAGCGCGUCCGCCGCGGGAAAGUGGCAUCUCUGCAGCAGCUGCACGACCUCUUUGAUCUCAUGUUCGAGAACGCAAAGACAUUCAACGAAGACGACUCGCAAAUCCACAAGGACGCGGUGUAUCUGCAAGGCGUUGUGCAGCGCGCCAUUGAGCGGCUGAUUGCAAAGACGGAGCCAAAAGUCAAGCGGGAGGCGCGGACGAGCGAAUCGCCGCCGAGCAAGCGCGCAAAGGCGGGUGAGGGCGACAAGAGCAAGGCCAAGACAAAGACGCCAGGGAAGGACAGGGAGAAGGACAGGGGGAAGGACAAGGACAAGGGGACCAGUAAGACGCCUGGCAAGGAUAGGCCGAAAGGAAAGGAGACUGGUGGAAAGGCGUCGCUGAAGAUUAAGCUCAAGACGCUAAGUGGCAAGCAGGCCGACAAGGACAAGCACACCCCAGACCUUAAGCUGAAGCUCAAGAUGUCCAAGGGCAGAGGCAGCAGCAGCAGCAGCAGCAGCAGCGCGACGCCUGCGAAGUCCGCAAAGAAGCUGUCGACGCAAGACAAGUGCAAACUUGUUUAUGACACCGUGCACGAUGCAACAUCCGACGAUGAUGAGAAGCGACAGCUCUCAGAGAUCUUCCUUGAGCUUCCGCCCAAGGACACGCCCAUGUACUACGAUACCAUCUCAAAGCCAAUCUGCCUGCUCGACAUCAAGUCGAAGCUCAAGGCACACAAGUACAAGACGCUUGACCAGUGCAUUGCCGACUUCAAGCUCAUGUUCGACAACGCAAAGGAGUACAACGAGCCCGGUUCAGACGUCUACGAGGAUGCGGAAGUACUGUGGAAGCUCGUGCAGAAGACAGCCAAAUCGCUCCAAUCGCCACCGCCGGACACACAAACGCCGCAGCGCCGCCCGUCUGAGAAGACAAAGACGCCCUCGACCUCAACCCCGGCAGCAGCAUCAACGUCGGCAUCCAAGGCUUCACACAGCCUUCCUCGAGAUGCGGAUGCGUUGCGGGAUGUUCUUGGGACAGGACAGCGGCCGGCAGAGAACAAGGGCCACACUGUCCGCAAGUAUUUGCUGGCGCGGCUGCUGCACCACACAAACGCCAACAGCGAACUGCUUGCAGACCCGUUUGUGGAACUGCCGAGUCGUGAGCUGUAUGCGGACUACUACAACACCAUCGCCGAGCCCGCCUGCCUAGCCGACGCCUACAAGAUGAUCACAGCGCACCGCACGUCCACGCAGGCCUCAGACGAUGUCGAGUUUGUCAACUACGUGUGCCGCGUGUUCCUCAACGCGCAGGUGUACAACCAGGAGGGCACGGAGAUUGUCGACGAUGCAAAGGCGCUGCAUGCGCGGUUCCAGCGCGACGCAAACGAGUGCUACGCGCCGGCCAUCGCCGUGCAGUGUCCCGGGCUCAAGCCGCUGCCGCUGCUGUCUGUGAUUGGACUGCAGAUGCUGACGGCGUUGCGAAAGGCAAAGGCGCGCGGGAGGAAAGCGCUCACCGACGAGUUCUGGUCGCUGCCAGACCCCGUUGAGAUUGAGGAUUACUACCGGCUGAUCGAGAAGCCCAUUGCGCUGUGCACCAUCCACACUCGACUGCUUGGCUGCAAGUACGACACGCUUGCUGGUCUCGUUGACGACUUUAAGCUUCUCUUCCGCAACGCCCGCCUCUUCAACGAGCCCGGCACUCAGGUGCUGAAGGACUCGCUUGAGCUUGAGAAGCUGUUUGUGCAACACCUGCACGAGGUGUGCACGUCGCACAACGUCGUGUCGCCAGCACUCAACUUCACCUACGAGUCCAUGGUCGCCGAGUUUGAACAGGAGCAGGCAGACGUGCUGUCUGUGAUGCCCGUGGAAUCGCUGGAGGAGAGCGAGGUGGCAGAGGAGCUUGGCGAGGCAGCCAUCCCCACCACCACUGCCGGUGCUGCUGGCAAAGCGGCAGAGGAGGACAAUGACAAGAAGAACGAAGAAGAUGAGGCAACGGCAACGGAGGCGAAGGCGAAGGAGGGGAGUGGUGGUGACAGUGCAAGUGUCACCGUGAGCGCGGGGAAGACUGUCAAAGCCAACGACUACGUCCUCGUCUACAACCAGAGCAAGCCGUCAGCGCCGCACGUCGCGUUGGUGGAGAAAGUGUGGAAGGACAAGGACGGCAACACCUUUGUCAACGUGACAUACUUCUAUCGGCCCGAGGAAACCUUCCACGUCCCCACGCGCACAUUCUUUGAGAACGAGGUUCUCGUUGCGCCCGAUCGCUAUGUGCAUCCUCUGCGACACGUUUUGCGAAAGUGCCUCGUCCUUUACGUUCGCGACUUUGCGAAGAACGACGUGCACGGGUUUUCGCCCAAGGACGUCUUCCUUGUCGAGUCGCGGUACAGUCCAAACGCAAAGAGCAUCAAGCCCAUCAAGCUGUGGAACAAGCCACAGCACCCGGAGUUUUUGACGCCGCGGAAGCCGAUUCCGCUGUCUUCUAUUCCGAAAGUCAAGUCCAUCUUCUUCGACGAGUACCAGGCACAACAGGAGGCCCGGCCGCGACUUGACUUGGAUGAGCGAAACGUGCAGCUUGAAUCGCAGCCCGACCCGGCGCAGACGUUCUACAAGACGUUUUAUCUCUCUGAGCGGCGGUUGGAUAUUGAUGACUUUGUGUAUGUGGAGAGGCGGAACGACAAUAUUGCCGUCUUCCGCAUCCUGUCCAUCUGGACUGACCAGCACCACGAGCCAACAUUCGAAGGAGAACGGUUCCGCAUUCCGGCCAACACCAUCCUCACAAAGCCGCACGCCUUUUACAACCAUGAACUCCUCAGAAGCGACGCGACAGAGGAAAUCAGUGCUGUGCGCAUCAUCGGCAAGUGUUGCGUCUUCAACAAGAAGGACUACCAGCACCAUGUUUCGCUCCCCGUGAGCUCUUCCGACACGUAUCUGUGCCACGCAGAUUACGAGGAGGCCACAGCUGCCAUCACCCCUCAGCAGGGAGCGCCGACGUACUCGCUUGAGACAUUGGAGGAGUAUGCGAAACCGUCACAGCCCAUCGUGUUGAUGAAGAUGCCAAAGCAAGGUGGACCGCGUGUUGUGGUGAAGCCGCCCGCUGCCGAGGCAGAGGAUGAAGGCGCAUCAGCGGCGGCAGCAGCGGAAGAGGAGGCGGAAGCGAGAGGAGUGAAGCGUCGUGCCGAGCGAGAGGAGGAAGCGAGCGCAGCACGUGCAUCAGCAGAGCGGGACGCGGCGUCGCCGCGCGUCAAGGGAGGCAGCGCCCGCGCGGCAGGCGAAGCGGACACAUCGUCCACUAUGGGUGAUGAUGCUGAAGAUGAGGAGGAGGCGGACGAAGAAGGAGAAGAGGAGGGAGGGGAGGACGAGAGUCCACAGGCCAAGCGUGCUAAGCGUGACAGCCAGGUUUCUGGCUGGAGGCCACUGCCUCCACAAAGUCCGCUCGGCAAGGCGAAGGAAGCGCGCGAAUCAAGCAAGCCGUUCACCUCGCAGGCCACGAAAUAUGUCAUCUCAGGCUAUGGCCUCUUCAGCAGAGAGGAGCGGCGGCGCGUGCGGUCUGUGGAUCCGACAAUCCGUCUCCGCACAUCAGACAUCACACGCGCGUGGAAUGCCCUGUCAGAUGCAGACCGCGACGCCUUCAACCACCGCGCAGCUGUGAACCUGCAACGAAGAGAAGCCAAACGCGGAACCAGCACUCCGCAGCGGCCGGCAACGCCCUCGCACCCGCUCGCACAGGAACACACAGCCGCACACCAGGCCCAGCAGCAACAAGAACAGCACGAACAGCAGCAACAGCAGAAGCAUCAGCAGCAACAACAAGAGCUGCAGCAGCGACAAGCCGCGAUGGCCGCGUCGUCUGUGCUGCAGCGCGUGUAUGGGGAUGCUGGUCGGCCCUCGCACGAACCGCCCGCUGCAGGUGUUGCAUACUCAAAGGAGUACGUGUCGCACUUGCAGUCGCCGCAGGAUGAGGGAACAACAGCUGCUGCAGCCAGUGGUGGUGCUGGCAAUGGUAGCACGCCCAUGCGUGGGUAUGGCAUGAACGGGGCCGUUCAAGAACACGACCACAUCCCACCGGAGGCAAGGCCAGAUAUGAACAAAGUGGUUGAGCUCUUCUCGGUCAUGUCACAGCUCUUUCACGAAGGCAAGGAUCCCACGACUGCCUGGUCGUGAAGCAGGCAAUAGCGCGCCCUGUUUUUCUUUUUACAGCUGAACUCCCAUAUGUCUCUCUGUGUGUGUGUGUGUGUGUGUGUGUGUGUGUGUGUGUGUGUGUGUGUGU